AUGGAGAAAAGUGCCUUUGCCGGGCGGAUUUCUGCUCCUUGCCCAGAAAAAAAAAAAGAAAUAAGCCGAGUCCCCCGGCGCGCAUCUCAACAACACCCGAAGCGCGGAGGGCUGUUGGAGCGGCUUUACGCCCGAGAUUUCGGCCCACGGCCGCCGCCUCCACAACGAAAGCGGCUCGGAGCGGGGCCGUCCACCCGCCGGGGACGGCCGGGACCGCCGUCCCGGGGACACCCCCACAGCACGGCUCGGGCUCCCCGGCCGCAGCCACCCCACGCCGAGCCGCGGCUCCGCUGUGCCCGCCCCAACGGGGGGAAGCCGGGACGCAGCGGCAGCAGCCGCUCCCGACGAACUCCGGCGCCCGACGGGCCGAGAGAAACCCCGGCCGCUCGCUACCCCCCGAGCCCGGGCAGCCUCCGGGGACGGGCAGCUCCAGCCUCAGCCCCGUCCCGCCCCGCCGUGCCCCGCUCCCUCCGUGAGCCACUCACCGGGGCCGGCCGCCGUUCGCCCCGCCGCUCUGCUGCUGCCGCUGCCGCUGCUGCCGGGGGCGGCGGGGCCGCGGCGGGCUCCUGCGCUGGCUGCGGGGCUCGGAGCCGCCGCCGCCUCCCUCCGGCCCCGGCCCCCGCCCCCGGGCCUGACGUCACGGAGCCUCCUCCGAGCGCCCCGGGGCCGGGCCGGGCGGCGGCUCCGCGGAGCUGCGCUGCGCUGCGCGGGGCCGGGCGCGGGCGCGGGCGCGGGGGGCAGGCGGCGGAGCGGCGACGGCGGCAGGAGGGCUGGGUGGCCGCAGAAGAGCCGAGGAGAGGGAAGAGGAGGCACCGCCCGGGCCCUCCAGCUCUGCGAUGUCGCGGGGCAGCGGGAAGCAGCAGCCCGUGUCGCGAUAGCGCUGCGAGCCGAGAGCUUACCUUCGUCAUGAGCAUAGGCAUAAAGGCGGCUCCGCUGCGAGAGGCAGCGCCCAGCGCGAGAAGUUCAGAAAAAGAGAGCGGCGAUGCGAAAAUCUGUAGCCUCGGGGGCUAG